AUGACAGUUGGCCGUGGCGUAUUGCAAGGAGAUUGCCUCAGUCCUCUUCUUUUUAACAUGUGCUUCAAUAAUUUCAUUCAGCAUAUCAAGGCUGAAAAGUACCGUCAAUUUGGGUUUUCCUUCAAAUUACUAAAUCCCAUCCAUUGGCUCCAGUUUGCUGAUGACGCGGCUGUAAUUACUGGCCAAGAAUCCGAAAACCAACAUCUAUUAAAUCGAUUUUCUAUCUGGUGCCAAUGGUCCGAUAUGAUUAUCCGAGUUGACAAAUGCAGUACCUUUGGCAUUAAAAAAGCGGUCACAAAAUCAGUUCAGUACUUGCCAAAACUCCUCAUCAGCAAUCAACUAAUACCAAAAAUCACCAUUGGAGAAUCAUUUCAAUAUUUAGGACGUUACUUUGAUUUCCACAUGUCGAAUGAUAAUCACAAAACUGAACUAGUCACCCUACUUAACGAACUAAUGUCUGAUGUUGACUCAAAGCCACUACAACCUAAAAAUAAACUGCUCCUCUACAGUCGCUACGUCUUGUCCAAGUUAGCCUGGCACCUCACCGUCGCAACACUCUCUAAAACAUGGGUUACUGAAAAUAUCGACUCUAUUGCCAACAAAUAUAUCCGCAGAUGGCUUGAAGUACCAAUAUCAGGAACACUAAGUACUGUCUUUCUAACAAAUAACAAAUUUGGCCUGAGUAUUUAUCCUCCAUCUGUAAAAUUUAUCCAGUGUCAAACAGUCCUCCGAAAAGCUUUAAAAUCUUCUCCUAAUGAAUCAACUAACGACCUGUGGAGAGCAACCAGUAACCAUACUAAUAUCCAAUAUGACGCUUAUAACUCUACUAAGGAAGUUCUCAAAGAUUUCCGUUCUGGACACGAAAACAAACUCCUAAACCAAUUAACCAGUCAAGGAUCCUUUUUCUGCAGCGUCACGAAGUUCGCUUUACCUCAGCUUAGCAAGGUGUGGUCCGUCGCCCAAUCAAAGCUCCCGAAAAACAUUUACAACUUUACCAUUCGUUACAUUAACAACUCUCUUCCGACGCGCAAAAACCUAAACAGAUGGGCAAUAUCUUCAAAUUCAGACUGUUCUUUUUGUCUUAGCCCUGAAACAUUACUACACAUGCAUAGUAGCUGGAUGUCAGUUUUAUCUCGACCGAUUUACGUGGAGACACAAUUCAGUCCUGAACUUUCUUGCUCAUCAGUUACAAACUGUUGACGGUUCUACUCUCUACGCUGAUCUAAAUGGAUUCAAAAGCCCUUCAAUACUUACUGGUGAUACGCAUCGCCCAGAUUUGUUAUUAUCGUGCUCAAAUGGUUCCUUAUAUGUGGUUGAACUCACCACUGGUUAUGAGACAAACCUCAAAAACAACGUAAAACGGAAGAAGGAUAAAUAUAGAGAAUUAUUGAGACAGCUAGGUAAAAAUUUUAACCAAGUUAAAUUUAUAAAUCUCUCCAUCAGCUCUUUAGGUAUUUUUGCAGAAGAAUGUUAUACAUUUUUAGACAUGUUAGAUAGUAUUGGUCUUGACAAAAACCACCAAAUGUACUGCGUUAGGAAAAUGAUGACUAUUGCUAUUAGAACUACAUAUUACAUUUUUUGUUGCCGAAAUAAGGAAUGGGAAAAUCCGGAUUUACUAACAAUUUGA